UAUGUGUGACAGCUCUUCCCUCCACCUUGUUUCCACAUGACACUGAUGCAUUCAGACUAAUGCACUGUGUAGAUCAGCAUUCAGAGCCUCAUGCAGCAUCUUCACAGAGAAAUCCACCAACUGGACCAGGUAUGUUAUUGAACACAAGGUUCAACAAAAAGCACUUGCUGCUAGUCCUUGUUCUUUGCUGCAUCCUUAUGAGCUUGCAGAAGAUGCUUAUGUUUCCUCUUCUGGGAACUGAAAUGAAAACCAACAUUACCAUUCUGCUGUGGUACUGGCCUUUCCAAGUUCCCUACAGACUUGAAGAUGACGUAUGCCUGAAAUAUUACAGCAUCUCUGGUUGUCGCCUGGUGGACGACCGCACACUCUUUUCCACCGCUGACAUUGUCGUCUACCAUCAUUAUGAGCUGAAGGUUGGCAGCCAGAAGCUUCCGCUCCAUCUCCCUCGACCAGUUCACCAGAGAUGGCUCUGGUUGUCUCUGGAAGCACCAAUACACAAUGGGGAUGUAAGCCAAUAUGCCAGGUUGUUCAACUUGACCAUGUCAUAUCAUCCUGAUGCAGAUAUUGUGGUACCAUAUGGGAAGAUUGAUGAAAAGGUUGGUGGGACUGAUGGGACUUUUGUCAUGCCAGAGAAUAAAAUCCAUCUGGCGUGUUGGGUAGUCAGUAACUACGGGAACCAUCACAAGAGAACCAGUGUGUACAAACAACUUAGUAAGUUGGUCUCUGUGCAGGUGUAUGGCCGCGCUGCGAGAAAACCAGUGAGUCAAAGUGCACUGCUGCCUACGAUUUCCCGUUGUUAUUUUUACCUUGCUUUCGAGAACACAGAGUCCGCACACUACAUCACUGAGAAGUUGUGGCGAAACGCUUUCAUGGCUGGCACCGUUCCUGUAGUGUUGGGUCCUCCGAGAAGCCAUUACGAAGCUGUUGCACCACCACAUUCUUUCAUCCACGUGGAUGAUUUUGAUUCCAUAGCCAGCCUGGCCAAAUUCCUAACAGAAUUAGCUGGAAAUGUGAAACUCUACAAGUCUUACUUCUCCUGGCAUGAAAAAUAUACAGUGAAACUUUACACAGACUGGAGAGAGAGGCUUUGUAACAUUUGCCGAGACUAUGACAAACUUCCUUAUCACAAGAUGUACCACAAGCUCGGGGCAUGACCACAAGAAUAGCAGUCACCAUGUGAUCCAUAAUAGUGAUUUUACAAUGCAGGGAAAAGGCAAGCUGUAAAAUGUCUAGUAAGAAUAACAGCAUUUGACUGAGAGAAAUUGUUGUACUGACUGAAACCAGCAGCUCCAGUUCCGCUUCCUACUUUCUCACAUGCAAACACCUGGAAGUGGUUUCUACAGGAUGUGCCAGUCAACCCAGCCUUAAACAAAAAAAUCAUCUCCGCCUAAUGCUGAAGCCAAUCCUUAACACCAAGUAUUUAAUACUCAUUAAAUGUGAUACAGAAAGACUUCUUUAAAACCAUGUUAUUUAGAUGAAUAUAAUUUUCUGUAAAGACAACACAAGACUUGAAGAAUCAAAGGAUGUGUUUUAAUUGCUACCGCUCAAAGUGUGGAAAAUGUGUUUGUCAAUUUUCAGGAAAGCCAUCACUGUUAAAUUGUCAAUAUAUUAUCGAAUUUCACAUCAUUUACAGGGUUGUACACAAGAGUAUUCGAGAUGUGAGAUGUAAAUAAGGCACAUAAGUCAAUAAAACAUUCAAAUCA